AUGGCGGCACCACAAGAUGGAUAUCCAGGCCAAGCUUAUCCUCCUCAAGAUCCAUACGCACAGCAAAGUCCCGCGCAACCAGGCUAUGAACAACCACUGACUUCUCCCACACAACAAGCUGGACCGCCAGGAGCAGAUGCCGGAAAGAAGAAGAAGAGGGGUUAUGCGACACAAGCUUAUGAUUUUGGUCAAGGUGCGAAUUCAGCCUUAGGAGGACAAACACAUGGCGGUGCUCAAUUUCAACCCGCACAAGCACCUGCUGCAUAUGGCGGAUAUCAAGCUCAACCAGAUCCCGCUGCUGCAUAUGGAGCUCCACAAGCUGGCAUGGCCGGCGCUCCUCAAGGCGGUUUCGCUCAACCGCAAUAUGGCGGCGGUGUGGGUGGUUAUCAACCUCCUGAUGCCGGAUAUCCUGGUCCAGGCACACCCGUUACUCCUGGUGUAGCGGGAAUUACUCAAGGAAUGGGGCAGAUGGGAAUGGGUGGACCGCAACAACCUAUUGCGGCUCAAGCUCGUCCUGGUGGUGCUCCAGCCCAGGUUGCGUUGAAUCAGCUUUAUCCUACAGAUCUCACCAACCAACCUUUCAAUGUCGCAGAGUUGGACUUACCUCCUCCUCCAAUUAUCUUGCCUGCAAAUUCAAGUGUCACCCCUUCCCCAAAUGCGAAUUGCCCACCAAAAUAUGUUAGAUCCACUUUGAAUGCGGUUCCUACGACCAAUUCUCUCCUCAAGAAAUCGAAACUUCCUUUCGCAUUAGUUAUACAGCCAUACACUUCAUUGCACGAUGUCGACGAUCCGGUACCAGUUGUUCAAGAUCAAGUCAUUUCACGUUGUAGAAGAUGUCGUUCAUACAUCAACCCAUAUGUUUCAUUCCUCGACCAUGGCCACAGAUGGAGGUGUAAUAUGUGUAACCUCACAAACGAUGUUCCACAAGCUUUCGACUGGGAUGCAGCUGCACAACAAAGUGUUGACCGAUGGCAACGGCCGGAACUCAACCACGCAGUGGUGGAAUUCGUCGCACCACAGGAAUAUAUGGUUAGACCUCCACAACCACUUGUCUAUCUCUUCUUGUUCGACGUCAGCUUCGCUUCUGUAUCUUGUGGCUUGUUGGCUACUAGUGCCAGAACUAUUCUCGACAGUCUUAACAGGAUACCAAAUGCGGAUCGAAGAACAAGAGUUGGGUUUAUGGCUGUAGACUCCAGCUUACACUACUUCCAAGUUCCAAAAGAUACGGAAGAGAAUGGCGAGACAAAUAUGCUCGUUGUUAGCGAUCUGGAUGAGCCUUUCCUUCCAGUUCCUCAAGAGCUAUUGGUGCCAUUGUCUGAAUGCAGAUUGAAUGUAGAGAAAUUCCUCAUGACUCUUCCUCAAAUGUUCCAGACCAAUACAAACAAUGGAUCAUGUAUGGGUUCAGCUCUCCGGGCUGGCCACAAACUUAUCUCUCCUCUCGGUGGAAAGAUUGUUGUAAUCACUGCUUCAUUACCUAAUGUUGGAUUUGGCAAAUUAGAGAUGCGCGAGGAUAAAAAGUUACUGGGUACCUCAAAGGAGAGUGGUCUAUUACAAACAGCCAACAGUUUCUACAAGAGUUUUGCGGUCGAAUGUUCAAAGAACCAAGUUUCCAUCGACAUGUUCUUAUUCUCAUCACAAUAUCAGGAUGUUGCUUCUCUUAGCAACCUUCCAAGAUAUACUGGUGGACAAACCUAUUUCUACCCUGGAUGGAAUGCUGGAAGAAGCGAAGACGCUAUCAAAUUCGCUACCGAGUUCAGUGAUUAUCUCUCUGCUGAGAUUGGUCUUGAGGCAGUGUUACGUGUUCGUGCUACUACCGGCCUCCGAAUGAGCACUUUCUAUGGUAAUUUCUUCAACCGAAGUUCGGAUCUAUGUGCCUUCCCAGCCUUCCCUCGCGAUCAAAGCUAUGUUGUCGAAGUUGCUAUCGAUGAGUCUCUUACCAAGAACUUUGUUUGCAUGCAAACGGCCGUCUUGCACACUACAAGUAACGGAGAACGUCGUAUUAGAGUUAUGACUUUGUCAUUACCUACAACAACUACUCUUCAAGAUGUUUAUGCAUCUGCUGAUCAAUGCGCAAUUACUACUUACUUCAGUCACAAGGCUGUUGAGCGUGCAUUGAGUGGUGGGCUUGAGCCUGCACGUGAAGCUCUCCAAUCGAAAUUGAUUGAGCUUCUCCAAACAUUCAAGAAAGAGCUCGCAGGUGGCAAUAUGGGUGGCGGUGGACUUCAAUUCCCUGCCAACCUUCGUGGAUUACCAGUUCUUUUCCUGGGUCUCAUCAAGAAUGUUGGACUUCGAAAAUCGGCUCAAAUUCCUUCAGAUUUGAGAUCUGCGGCUCUUUGCCAAUUAUCCACACUUCCUCUUCCACUCUUGAUGCAAUACAUCUAUCCACGUUUGUACUCAUUGCAUGAUAUGCCCGAUAACGCCGGUAUCCCCGACCCGGAAACAAAUCAAAUCGUCCUUCCUCCACCAAUGAAUCUUUCAUCGGAACGUCUCGUCCCAUUCGGUCUCUAUCUUAUUGAUGACGGCCAAACACAAUUCCUCUGGGUCGGCCGCGACGCCGUUCCUCAAUUGUUAGCUGACGUAUUUGAUAUUUCGGAUCGCUCGAAACUAAAGGUUGGGAAAGCGACACUACCGGAAUUGGAUAACGAUUUUAGUGAGAGAGUCAGAAAUGUGUUCCAGAAAGCAAGAGAUUAUAGGAGUAGAGGUGUCGGUAGUAUUGUCGUGCCGCAUUUGUAUGUGGUGAGAGAAGACGGAGAACCGUCGCUGAAAUUGUGGGCCCAGACGCUGUUGGUCGAGGAUAGGGCGGAUCAGGGAAUGAGCUUUCAGCAGUGGAUGGGGAUGAUGAGGGAGAAGGUUAGUUCUUAG